AUGGACAGUGAGCCAGGAUCCUUCAUCAGCGCUUUGCUUCUCGCGCCAAGUGCUACCGAUGCAGCGCCCAGCCAAAUUGGCCCCACCGAGGGCUGGGAUCCAGAGGCCGAGCCGAAGCCGGAGCCGGCCGUCGAGCAGACUUUGGCUAUAGAAGAUGCAGGUCGUCCAGAGCCUGAGACAAGAGUCGUGUUGCAUGCGAACGCCAAGAAGCUGGUCCGCUGCCGCGAGCGCUUGAAGGACAAGGACAUGCAGGCGAUUCUGUCGAAGAUGGAUGAGGAGCUUGUGUAUGAGGAGGUGGAUUUUUCCGGCAACGAGCUGACGUCUGCCAGCAUGGGAGUUGUCGCAGAGAUAUGCCGCAGAAGCCGCAGGCAGCUCAAAGUGCUCAAGCUGUUCCGCAACCGCAUCGAUGAGGGCUGCGUCCCUCACUUUUCGGAGCUGCUUAAGCACUGUGCAGAGCUUCGCGAAAUCCACCUGUCACACAACUGCUUGUCGUACAACUGCGUCAUUGACUUGGCGGACUGUGCCACUCAGCAUCGUCGCGGAUUUGAGCUGCCGUUAUGGCUGCGCGUGGAGCAGAACAGCUUCGGUCCGCCAGGCCAACUCCUUCGAGAUCUGGAGUCCAGGUUCAAGGUCUGCCCCAGGAAGCCUUCCUGCUCGCAGUUCCACUGCGCUUAUGGCUGCGUGUUGCACAUGCCGUUCCUGGGGACGGUGGGCAAAGACUUUGGCAAAGACCAGCGCAACGACUACGGCAAAGACUACGGCUCAAGCUACAGCAAAGACUAUCGCACUGACAGCAGCAAGAGCUAUGGGGGCAGCGGCAGAGAUUACGGCAAGGACUACAACAAGGACUACAGCAAAGACUACAAUAAGGACUACAGCCGGGACUACGGGAAAGACAGCAACAAGGACUACAGCAAAGACUACAACAUUCGCAACAACAACGGCCACGACAACAACUACACCAACGACGCCAGCAAGAACCAGAACUACGGCGACGACCACAGCAAGGAUUACAGCAGGGACUACGGCAAGGACUUCAGCAGGGACCGCAGCGACUACAAGGACAUGUUUUACUAG